ACUUCCCAGUGGCAGGAAUAUGGCUUCCAUAUCUGAGGAAAGAUACACUGACAUUGGAGGCAGUCCAGAGAAAUUCACUUGGCUGAUACCAGGUGAAUAUAGCUACCAACUUCAUUAUGCAUGCACCACCAGGAGAGUUCAACGAAGUAUUCAAUGAUGUCCGUUCUCUAAUGAAUAACGACACUCUUCUCAAGGAGGCAACUGUUCAUGCAUUUGCCCAGUAUAAUAUGGACCAGUUCACUCCUGUGAAGAUAGAGGGCUACGACGAUCAGGUCCUGAUUACAGAGCAUGGAAAUCUGGGUAAUGGAAGAUUUGUGGAUCCAAAGAAUAAACUAUCCUUCAAAUUUGAUCAUGUGAAGAAAGAAGGAAGUGAUGUCCACCCUCAGGAGGGUGAGCCUGCGAUAGAAUCUUGGAGAAGUGCCUGUGAUAAUGCAGUGCGGGCGUAUGUGAAAAACCACUAUCCCUAUGGCAUCUGCACUAUCUAUGGUAAGACUAUUAAUGGACAGCAAACUAUUAUAGCUUGUAUUGAAAACCAUCAGUUUCAGCCUCAUAAUUUCUGGAAUGGACGUUGGAGAUCUGAGUGGAAAUUCAAUAUCGCUUCUUCAUCAGCUCAGCUUACAGGAGUUCUGAAGAUCCAGGUCCAUUAUUAUGAAGAUGGUAAUGUUCAGUUGAUGAGUCAGAAGGACAUCCAGGAAACCUUGCCAAUUACAAAUGAAGUCCAGACUGCAAAGGACUUUGUGAAAAUGAUUGAAAUGGCGGAGCAUAGUUACCAGACUGCCAUCUGUGAAAAUUACAAUGCCAUGUCUGACACCACGUUCAAAGCCUUGAGGAGGAGCCUGCCAGUUACUCGCACAAAGGUCGACUGGAACAAGAUUAUGAGCUACAGAAUUGCUCAAGAGAUGCAGAGUGCUUAAAGCAAAUGUAUACAGGAGAGGCUUAAUGUCAAUGUGUGGGGAAAAACAAAAGGUGUGGUCUCACAAAAUAGGACUCUGCUCUCUCUCUCUCUCUCUCUCUCUCCCCCCCCUCUCUCCUCUCUGUCUUCUUCACCCCCCCGCACACCCCUGAAAUUUUGACUUUUCUGAUGAAUCAGCUUGAUUUUGUUCUUGAAGUAAUGUUUGUUUUGGGAGUUGGUGGAAAGUGAUACACCGUUUUAGCCUGUUUGGUUAAGUUAAAUUGUAAUAUGCAGUCCUCUUACUAUGUGCAUUGUUAAAGUAUGAAGAUGUUUUGUUAUCCGGUUGCAAACUAAUUUUUAUUCAUUUGGGUUUUGCAAAAAUUUUAAAUCAUUCAUGCUCAUGGGAGCGCAGCCACUAUGGUGGGUAAUAGCUUGAGGGUUCUAAUAACCUUGCUUAGCCGCUGAAUAACAAUUACAAUUCAUUUUAUGGUCACAGAAACCUUUUAAAUAGUAACUGAUGUUUCUUGGACUGUUACAGCUUUAGAUUGCUUUCCAGAGCUUGCUCUUUCCCUUGAUUUCUUUCACUCUCUUCUACUUUUUGUGAGGUCACACUUUGUUGCAUUGCUGUUGCGAAGGCAGAAUGGUUUGGUGUUUAAUACCUUGUUUUUUUAAAAAAAAAUCCGGAAACCAGGCAAGCUGGCUCUGCUUUACUGAAGAAAGCUUGAAGCAACAGUGUUUAAUGUCUUCCGUUUCCCACCCCUCACCCACAGACUCAGAAUGACCUCUGUCAUGUUGCUGAAAAUACUGUCCACUCUUCCAUCUGAUUUGAGGGUUCCUGUGUGUCAACCUUUUCAUUAGGUAGUACUCAAUUGUCACAUUCUAUGCCUUCAUUUUGGCUAUUUGCAGCUGUAUACUGCAUGGAACUGGAAAGUCAGACUGGAAAGCUACAUUUGGUGGGGGCUUUGGGGGUGGGGAGGGAUUGGAAACAAAUGUGAACAAUUCAGUGUAUUGUUCUUCCUCCCAAACCUGUUUUACCUCAUUUUUUGAUACUUAAUAACUGUAACCAAUGGCAGAAACAGUGCACCAGCAGAGGGGGAUGGCCACUUGCUCACUUAGGCUGGAGCAGCUCAGAGAUGGCAAAGAAUGGACCCUGAAACACAUCGAUUGGUUGAAGAAGGAAACUACAAGCAAAAAAGGGAUGAGAACAGACAUUGAGGUGGUGAUCACCUUGAGCAACCCUCUCUUGCUUCAUUAUAAUAUUUGCCUAAGGUCCUGAUUUCAAGGUGCUUGCAUGACCUGUAGCAUCACAUGCUACAGGUGAAGCUAGUUUUGUUCCAUUCCUGAUUGUAAUGAGGAGAAAUCGAUAUGCCAGGAAUAUGUGGCUGACUGGAAUUUGGCGGUAGCAAGAGGGGGUGUUGCAUCUUAUUUUAUUAAGGAUUGGCUGCAAUUCACGGUUGUUUGGGUCCAAAAUCUGCUGGUCAGUUGCUGUAACCUUUUCUGAUCACUGACUGGAUAACUGGAUGGGAAUGUAGAAACAGAACAGAAGGAAAGUGACUAAGUUAAACUGCGGUUGUCGAUGUUUAAUAUUUUUACUGUAUUAACUUGCACAGGACCAAUGUAAAGCAAAGUCAAUGGAACAAGUGGCAGCCUUGUAUUAUCCAUACAAAUAUUUUUUACGGAAUUCUGCACUGGUAACAUUUUUGAAAAAAGACAAGUUGUAAAAUAACUCCCUAACUCAAUCUCCAAAAAGGCUUUGCUUUUUACUUAAAAUGGAUUGUUUUGUACUGUAUUUUGCUUUUAUUAAAUUUGAAAUGCUAUUUUUUAAGUUGUCAUUUCCAGUCUAAUUCCAAAGCCGGCAGAAACUUAUUGUUUUGUGCUCGAAGGAGUGUACCAUGCUUCAGAUAUAGUCAUGGCAGCAAGCUUGGAAGUUUAGAAAAUGGAUCUUGAAAGCUAAGCUGUAAUCAGCAGCGACUCCUACUUACAAGUCAUUGUGCUGUUGUAAGAAAGUGAAGUAAUUUUUUUAUUUGAUAUUUUAAAUUUGGUAAAAUUGCUUAGUUUGGCAGUAUUCUGGAUUUGUUUCAUUUCUCAAGCAUUUUAGUGAUGGUUGCUAUGCAGAAGUUCAUUUCUCCUCUAGAUAUGAGAAGUCGGAGUGGGCGUAUGCCAUAUAGCCUCUCAGACUUGCUUCAACAUUGUAUCCAAUGGUGGCUGAUUUUCUGUCUCGGUGCUGUUUUCCUCCCCUGUCCCCUGUCCCUUGUCCCUCGUCCCUUGAUGCCUUUAAUAUCUGGGAAGUUAUCGAUUGCAGUCUUGAAUAUACUGAAAUGACUGAGUUCCACAGCCUCCUCAGCUAGAAAAUUAUAAGAUACAAGCCUUUUUGAAGCCAUCUUUGCUCAUCUCAUUCCUGAAAGACUAACUCCUUACUUUGGAGAACAUGUUGCCUGCCCUAGUUCUAAACAGGCUCCACUUUUGCUUGCAUUUGUUUGCUCUGGAAUGUUUUUCUGUACCUCAAUGAGAUUACCCCUCAUUUCUAACUCCAGAUUCUAGGCCUAGUCUCUUUUUGAAUUGCUCUUCAUGGAUUAAUUGUCAUCCCAGGGAUUGAUCUAGUGAACCUCCAUUGGUCUUUGUAAAAUAUAGCCUUGGGUUAGAAGCCCGAAACUCUGCUCAGUAAUGCAUGUGUAGUGUCACGUUGCGUUGAAACUUGUUUAGUAUUGUAUUCAAAUCGUCUUGCAGUAAGGCCAAUAUAUCCUUACUUUCCUAAUUGCUUGUUGCACCUACAUGUUGUCUUUCAGUUGCUUAGAACAAGAAUACCCACAUCAUUUUGGACUUUGUUACUUCCCAGCCCCUCUUUCUGAUCUUCCUGCCAAAUUAGAUAACUUCAUAUUUUUCCGACAUUAUAUUCCCUCUGCCAUUUUCUUACCUACUGAGUCUUUUCAAUCUUCCAGUUCCUUCUCGUCUUGUCAUCCACUAAGUUUUAAAAUAUUCCUUUCAGCCCAACAGCACUGCCUUAUUGGAGAAGGGUAAGACCCAAAUAUUGAUCCUUGCUUCUCUCAAUCUGAAAGUAAUCUGUUUAUAUCCAUUGUUUUCCAUCUGUUAACUAAUCCUCAAACUAUGCCCAUGUAUUACCUCCUCCUGCCCUUCCAUGUGCUCUAAUUUUCUGCCCAACUUAUUGAGACCCUAUCCUGAAAAGGUCUUAACAGUGUGGAUACGGAGAAAUUGUUUCUUAAGGGAGAAUCUAGAACUGGCUAUCACUGUUCAAAAAUCAAAAGCUGCUGUUUUAAAACAGGUGAAAUAAUUUUUUGUUAAAGGUUGAUGAGUCUUUGGAAUUGCUGGCCUGAAAAGAUGUUAGUAUACCUUCUGUAUUUUUAAGGCAAAGAUAGACCAAUUCUUGAUAAGCAUGGGAUUGAAAAGUUAUUGGGGUAGGUAGAUUUGAGUUUAUAAUUGAACAGCAGAACAGGUUUGAGGAGCUGAAAGGCAUACACAUGAUUCUAAAUUUUGAGUAUGUUUGUAAGAAUGGCAAGUUUUGUUUUAUCCAAAAGGACACUCAUGCAAUAGGUGGGUUUUUACAGUAACUGUCAGGGUUUGCCUUUCUGGCAGUACCUUUCAGUUCCAGUUUUAUUAAUUGAACUUGAAAUUUCACCAGCUGACAUGGUGGAAGCUCAGUACAUUGGUGCAAAAGACAAUGCAGAGAACUAAUUGGGUCCAUCUUCAACCACAUUGGCUGAAUGGAAGAGCUGUCUUGCCCCCAGUAUCUCAGAUGCCAUUCUUCAACUACUUCAGCUCACUGUCUGAUAUCAGGAAGCAGCUGAGGGCAGUGCUUAUUGCAAAGACUCUGGACCCUGACAACAUCACAGCAAUAGAACUGAAGAAAUUGUGUCCUCGAAAAAGUCAUGCCUUUUAAACUGUUCCAGUACAGCUAAACACUGGCAUCUCUACACUGGAAAAUUGCCAAGUGUGUUGUGUGUGAAAUGUCAGACAAAUCCCUAUCACUGUAGAUACUUUUCAUCGGAUUGUACUAGGCCAACUUCAGCUGCUUUCUCAAUGACCAUCCUGUAACAAGGUCAGGAGUGGGGAUAUUCAAUGAUGAUUGCGCAAUGUCCAGCUUUAUUUGCUGCAACUCAUGGAAAGAAACAAGCUGAAAACAUGCGCACCAUGACCUGGACAACAUUUCAAGCUUGGCCUGAUGGUUGUCAAAUAAUGCCACAAACUGGCAAGCAAUGACCCUUUCCAAUGAGAGGAUUCAGGCAAUGCCCCUUGAACCUCACUAGCAUUGCCAUCAUGAAUUCUAUUAUCACAAACAACUUCAACUUUAACCACUUUGGCUAUUACAGCAGUAUACUGGUUAGGAAUUCAUUGGUUAGGUCACUCCCCUUCUGUUUUUCCCUAUCAACCCAUCUUUAUGGCAUAGUUAGGAGUGUGAUAGAACACUCCACUUGCCUAGAUGAGUGGAGAUCCAAUAACCCUCAAAACUGUACAGCAUCCAGAAUGAAGCUGCCUGCUUAAUUGACCAUCUAUCCAUCACCCUCAACACACAGGACAAACGUUUUCUGGUUUAGAAAAGCAUCAUGUGUCGAUUGUAGUCUUGGUGGACCAACUGGCCUCUUGUGUGCUGUACUGUUUUUGUUCUUUAUGCAUUCCUUUCAUCACGCUCAUACUGUGGCAAAGUGUUUAUAAAACAGUGGGAAUUGAA